AUGGCUUCAGAACACCAGGCACCGCAGACCUUCACAUAUCACCAUGCCGACCUAGGUCCCAUGACAGGCAUCGUCACGCCCGACAACGUUGUUCAGUUUCGCGCCGUGCCAUACGCCACCAUUCCCGCUCGCUUCAAGCAGUCUGUUCUCUCAGAUACGCUUGCGGGCAAAAAAGACUUCACGGAACACCGCUAUGCAUGCCCUCAAGUCUUUAAUAUUGACGCGGUCGGCGGCGGUAACUUCCCUGGCGAAAAGUUUCCACACUUAACGGACGAGUUGAAAUGUGCUAUCCUUCAGGUGAACGUACCGCUUUCGUGCCUCAAGCAGCAGCCAUCCUCCUCAAGACUCCCUGUAUCGGUCUACAUCCAUGGGGGAGGCUUCGUGCUCGGAAAGAUUGACGAGCAGCACAACACAUCUCUCAUGGUCGAGCAGUCGAUCCUUGAUGGCCAACCCAUCAUCUCCACGAGCAUACAAUAUCGUUUGGGGGCGCUUGGCUAUCUACAUACUCCGGAGGCUGGAAAUGCAAAUCUCGCACUGAACGAUCAACGGAAUGCGCUUCUCUGGAUCCAAAAGUUCAUCGAGGGCUUUGGAGGGAACAAGAAGAAGGUUACUGCGUUUGGAGAGUCCGCUGGCUCCAUGUCAAUUUGCGCCCACAUGCUACGCCAACCUCCGUCUUCGGGUCCGCUGUUCCAGAGAGCGAUUCUCAUGUCCGGAAUCAUUGGGCCAACGACAGCACCGCUAUCACCCGAAAGCGCAAGCGAGACAUACAACAGCUUCUUGCGAAGAGUCGCGAUUGAAGAAGAAGGCGAGGCAGGUCUAGAGAAAUUACGUCAGGUGGACGUACAAAAGAUCGUCGAAGCAUCCGCCGCGCAUCGAGCGGCUGGUAAUAUGUGGCUUUCGGUUCAGGAUCCAGAGUGGUUUGGUGAUGAAGCGGGUUCUGUGACCUGGGACCGCAUUCCUGAGUUGCUUGGCAAAUGUGAGUGGGUCAACGAGAUCAUUCUGGGAACCACAGGAUUUGAGGGUGUCACGUUGAUGUCAGCAAUUACUGCUGUCAGCCCGGACGCUUUCCUCAAAGGCAUCGCAAAGCAGUUAGGCGAGAAAAGCGCGGGCCUCGUCGAGCGAGCUUACGGCAUCUCGCCGGAAAUGGACAAGAAUGUGUUCAUAACCGCAGGCGCACGUUGGGUAGGCGACGUCGUUUUCGAUGCACAAUAUCUCACCCAGCACACAAACAAGAAGGUUUAUCGCUACGUCUUCGAUGUCCGGAAUCCUUUUGCCACCAGUCCCUUCUGGCAGCAAGCGCAUCACUGGGUCGACGUCUACUACGUGUUUAAAACGUACCAAUUCCGCUACCCGUCACAAAGACUCAAGGCUAUCUCCACCCAACACGCACGGACCUGGAACAGCUUCGCGAAUGGAGAAACACCGUGGAAAGAAUACAAAUAUACCGGCAAAGGCGACGAAGUGGUCAUGGUGGCAGAUGAGAGGGAUGGCUGGGUGCAAAGGACUGUUGAAGAACAUGAGAAGGUUGUGGACAACAGCUGGCGGAGAUGUGAAGCGUUGGUUGAGAGUUGGGACAGUAUGCGCGGGAAGCAUUUCUCGCCGUUUCAAAUCGAGCCAAUGAAGGCGAACAAGAUAGCCUAG